UUUAAAUAAAUUAAAAAUAAAUAAAAAAUAAAAAGUGUUCACUCUAUCGAUUCUGGUAUUUUCUCCCUUCUCUCCCUCUGGUAACGGAGUUCCGUACAUCUUCUCGGCUCGGCUCGUCUUCUCUCUUGGGGCCACAUGCUCGCCUGAGCCUUCUCCAUAGCCGCUGAACACGAAAAAUUUGAGUCCAUGGCCACAUCCAUCACCUCCGUCGAAUUGAAUUAUCUCGUCUUUCGUUACCUUCAAGAAUCAGGUUUCACACAUUCAGCUUUUGCAUUAGGAUACGAGGCGGGUAUCAACAAAAGCCCCAUUGAUGGCAAUUUGGUUCCACCUGGUGCACUCAUAACAUUUGUACAGAAAGGGCUUCAAUUCUUGGAGAUGGAAGCAAACUUGACUUGCCAGAGUGACCAAGAUUUGGAUGAAGAUUUCUCAUUCUUGCAACCCCUGGAUCUCAUUACAAAAGAUGUAUAUCAAUUGCGACAAAUAGUAAAAGAAAAAAAGAGAAAUUUGCAUAGGGAUAGAGAUAAGAAUAAAGAGAAUGGCAAGGAACGUGAAGGAGAACACACGCGAAUUAGAGAGAAGGAAAAACAUGAUAGGGAGAAAGAACGAGAAAAGGAUAGAGAAAUAGUAAAGUAUAAGCAUCCAGAAAAACAGCAAGAUGAUAUGGAUAUGGAUACUGAUCAAGAAGAUAGAGAAAAUGUCAAUGGGGUAUCUGGAAUUAAACAUGGAGGGGUAGAUCCAAUGGAUAUCUCGACGGAUUUAACUUCUCAUUUAUUUCAAAUCCCUAGUUCCGAUGUUACAAUUUUGGAAGGACAUACUUCUGAGGUGUGUGCUUGUGCAUGGAGCCCUACCGGUUCUCUUCUUGCAUCAGGAUCUGGAGAUUCAACAGCUCGUAUUUGGAACCUAUCAGAUAAAAACAGUGGAUCUGGCAUGAAUGGUUUGCCAUCUGUUUUGGUGCUAAAGCAUGUCAAGGGUAAAACAAAUGAGAAAAGUAAAGAUGUCACAACGCUUGAUUGGAAUGGUGAGGGAACAAUGCUCGCGACAGGUUCAUACGAUGGACAGGCUAGAAUUUGGAAUAUAAACGGUGAACUGAGGAGUACGUUGAGUAAACACAAAGGGCCCAUAUUUUCUCUCAAAUGGAACAAAAAAGGGGAUUAUCUUCUCACCGGAAGCUGUGAUAAAACUGCAAUAGUGUGGGAUGUGAAAUCAGAGGAAUGUAAACAACAAUUUGAUUUUCAUGCAGGUCCAACACUUGACGUAGACUGGCGAAACAAUAAUUCAUUUGCAACGAGCUCCACAGACACCAUGAUACACGUAUUCAGGAUUGGAGAACCUCGUCCUAUCAAAACUUUUGCUGGACAUCAGGGUGAAGUUAACUGUGUAAAAUGGGAUCCAACUGGUUCAUUGUUGGCUUCAUGUUCCGAUGAUAUAUCUGCAAAGAUUUGGAGUUUGAAGAACGAUAAGUAUGUUCAUGAUUUAAGACAGCAUUCUAAGGAGAUAUACACGAUUAGAUGGAGUCCUACUGGCCCCGGGACAAACAAUCCUAACCUGCAGUUGGUGUUGGCAAGUGCGUCAUUUGAUUCGACUGUGAAGUUGUGGGAUGUAGAACAUGGGAAACUUCUCUACAGUUUGAAUGGACACAGGGAGCCUGUAUAUUCCGUUGCCUUUAGCCCAAACGGUGAAUACUUAGCGAGCGGAUCCCUUGACAGAUCCAUGCAUAUCUGGUCGCUAAAAGACGGGAAGAUCGUGAAAACAUACACAGGUAACGGAGGCAUAUUCGAAGUGUGUUGGAACAAAGAAGGCGACAAAAUUGCGUCGUGUUUCGCCAACAAUACAGUUUGUGUUUUAGAUUUUAGGAUGUAAUGAGUGAGUUGAUUUGAGAUGUAUUAGUAGUGGUAGUGGUAGUUGGUCUCCAACAUCAUUGGAGUUGAGUUGUGUUGUGUUAGAUGGGGCAGUUUCAGUUUCUCACUGACUUUUUAAAGCAGUUAAUACUCACUCAAGUCAAUUGUGAAAAAAGCUGAUUAAUCUCUUUAGGACUCUAUUAAUGACAACAAGCUUGUAUAGAAUUGUUUUCAUUACCUCACAUUGUUAUUAUUAUUAUUUUAAAAUGUAAUUUAUUUAUUGUUUGCCCUUUGGA